CCGCCUUUAGUAAGAGGUGUUGUACUAGACAGAGAAAGAGGGUUUGUGUUUCAGCCUUUGCUGAAAAUCCCCACCCAUCUCUCAUUGCACUGUGUAAGAAGCAAAGUAUCACACUGUACAGCACCGGAGUUCAAUAGCCUCUUGGUAAUACUUUAUAUACAGUGAAUUAUCUACUGAAAAGGGCGGCUGAAAAGCAUUUGGAGAGUCGUUCGUUGUGUGUGGGAAAAAAAAAAAAACUAGGAAGGUUUUACAGGAUUUUAUUUUGUGUGUUGACUGUUUGAAGACAGUUACUUCAGCAUGUCGCUUUCUGUACCUCACAACGGUGUAAAGGGAGACAAUGAACCCGUGAUUGAACUUUUUGUAAAGGCUGGUAGCGAUGGAGAAAGCAUUGGAAACUGCCCCUUCUCACAAAGACUUUUCAUGAUUUUGUGGCUGAAGGGAGUGGUCUUUAACGUCACUACAGUGGACCUCAAGAGGAAACCAGCAGACCUGCAGAACCUGGCCCCAGGGACCCAUCCUCCAUUCAUCACCUUCAACGGAGAGGUGAAGACAGACGUCAACAAGAUCGAGGAGUUUCUGGAAGAUGUGCUCAGCCCUCCCAAGUACAUGAAACUUGCUGCCAGACACCCAGAAUCCAACACUGCUGGGAUGGACAUCUUUGCCAAGUUUUCUGCCUUCAUCAAGAACUCGAAACCAGAUGCAAAUGAAGCCCUGGAGCGGGGUUUACUGAAGACCCUGCAGAAGCUGGAUGACUACCUGCAGUCCCCUCUCCCCGACGAGAUUGAUGAGAACAGCAUGGAGGAUAUCAAAGUGUCCAGCCGCAAGUUCCUCGAUGGAGAUGAGAUGACACUGGCCGACUGCAACCUGCUGCCUAAGCUGCACAUCGUCAAGGUGGUGACAAAGAAGUACCGCGGCUUUGUAAUCCCAACGGACAUGACUGCGAUCUGGAAGUACCUGACCAAUGCCUACACCCGAGAGGAGUUCACCAACACCUGCCCGAGCGACACGGAGAUCGAGAUCGCCUACGGAGACGUGGCCAAGCGGCUCACCAAGUAACCAGCCCUCAGCAACGACGGGACUGUUCACAGAGCAAGCGUUUCAUUUACAACAUAUUACGACUUUUCAUUUACAACAAGAAAACUGCAUGAUUAGAUUUAUUACUUUCGCCGUUAACUGCAGUCACAAAUAAAGCGCAGUAGAGAGUGGGCCUGCGCAAUGCAAUGGUGAAGUCAUAUGGGAGCUGCCAGCUGUUCGGACGAUGUGACCCAUUCUGAAGGAAUGUCAUUGUUAUAUCACACAGCAUUACCAGUCUUCACGUGCUGUGUAACUUCACAGCAGUGUGAUCAUACAGUCAGUGUGUUACAAACGAGAUCGGGAGUGGAGAGGUGAUUUUAAGAAUGUUGGAAUUGGAGAAGACUACUGAAGCAAAGCAGUACGACCUCCAGCAUGCCUUUUGACAGCGAGAAGUUGCACGCAGCUUUAAAAUAAAUGAUUAAACAGGGGUAGCUUUGGCAGUGUGAGCUUGUGGUACAGAACCAAUACUGCAGAUCUUUUAUAUCCAUGUAUCAGAAUCUGGGCAAGACAGAUAGGUCUUACUGAAGAGAGCUGUCACGUGAAAAAGCUAAAAAACAGAAACAAAUUAAGUGGAGAUAAUUUCAGAACGCCCCAGGCUUGAGCAGAAGUUCAAAUGCCGCACUGACCAGCUAGAAAAUAUAGUUAACAUUAUAGACAGACUUAACAGAAUGUAUAAAAGGGUCCUGAAUUGUAAUGUAAUUAUUGAGGGGAGAGGCUGAAAAUACAGCUCUAGUGGCCCACAACAACUUAUAGAUGUAUUCCCCAGUGUUUCUGACACCCAAUUAACAAUUAAAAAAAUGAAAUGAAGUUAAACGAAACCUUGUUCUGUUGCAUCACACUGGCAGUAAAGUAUUUCUUCACCUGUAGAAGUGCAGUUCUCUUCAACUGAAUGGCUUUCUGUGGCACGAAUGUUUUUAGUAUUGUUUUCGAACAUGUAAGGUAUAUCAUUUUGAUGUUUGACUUUGUUUUCUUUACUUUUAAAAAGGUGUUGACACACUGAGACACUAAGAUGUGUGCAUCAGAUUACUCUAAAUAUAUUUAUACAGGUUUUACAGAGUAGUAGUGCAAUGAUUAUCUAAUAAGGAUUUGAUAGUUGGUGUCCGGGCACCCACUACCAGGUCUCUUCAAAUUUGUAUUCUUCAUUUUCCAAAAUUGGAGACUUUUUAUUUUUUAUAACUUAAAAAAAAAAAAUCUUUAUGACAUUUUUAUUCUUUUUAUGUGAAAGAAUUGUAAAUAUUUAUCUCUAAAUGUUAUCAUUUUGCAAUGUACUGCGAUGCUGUCCAUUCAGUUUAUUUGAAGGAAGCAUACUUCCCAUAUGCUUUGGGUUUUUGAAGGAAGCAUGUACAGUGUCCAAUCUCCAGUGUUUGCUUGAUUUCUUGAGUAGUUUUCAAUUAAUCAUUGCAUUACUAUCAGUGUAUGUGUAAUACUUUGAUGCAGAUUAGGGCCGGCAUGUCAAUCAUAUUGAAAUGAAACUAAAUUGCGAUACAACUGCAGAUUUGCAGAAGUCUUUGAAAGUUCAUCAAAAUGAUUUAUGUGAGCGACUGAAAUUGGGAUGACUGUUGCCUUCAAAGCACGUUUUACAAUAUUGUUAUCUGCCAUGCCAUGACAAUAUAUCGAAUAUCUUGCUUAAAACACCUGUUACUCUUCCAUUUACCCGACUAGUAACUUGUUCUGCAUUUGCAAAAUGUUUGCUUUGCCGUAAUUCACUCAUGUAUUUGUGAAAAUCAAAACUUGCAUUUUAAUUAAAGUACCUUUUGGAA